AUGGGUGACGAGAGCAGCCUGUCUCGGCAGAUUGAGAGCGUGGAGAGGAGCAUGGUGUUCCUCAGGCAGGAGCACCUCACUUUGCUCCACGGUCUCCACCUGGAGAUCCUCUCCCUGCAGAAACGAUGCUCAGAGUUGACAAGUGAGCUGAAGGUAAAACCUCCAGGCAGAAGCCAAAUAGAGUUACAAGAGGAAGAGGAAUGCUUGGAGGCCCAGUGUUGGGAUGUGGAGAACCGCCUGGCAGAGCAGGAGUCCACCUUAGGGGAGCUUCGUAAGGAGCUGAGUCACAAAGGGGCUUUGGUGGGAGCCCUCAGAGCCAAUCUCAAAGAAAAGGAGCGCCACUUCCUGGAGGAGCUCAAACGCCGCAGCCACUGUUCGACCAUCCUCAACACGGAGCUGCAGAAACAAACAGAGGCAGCAGCAUACCUCUCUUUCCAGCUGCACGCUGCCAGGCAGAAAUUGCACCACCAGCGGAUGCAGCAGAGGCAGGGACUCCUUGCCAGAGCCAACAGUCAGGGGGCCCAGUAUUGUGCCGAGCAGAACUCAGUUUCUCCUCAGAUGCCAUCAGGAGCCUCCCCUUCCUCUCCUGUGGUUAAACCCAAGCGUAAGAGCGCUAGGGCAUCCGCGAGAGUGGAGCGUGCCCGCGAGUGUGUGCCCAUAGAGAGAGUAAUGGGCCCUGCAGAGCCCACGGCCAUGCCGGACCCUGCACUCUUCCUUCAUCCUCGAAGGCACAGAGCUCGCUCCAGGCACGCUGCGGCACAAAGACAGCCUCCACUGGGCCUGGAGAAGGAGGAUGAAGAGGAAGGAGGUGGGGAGGGGCCGGUGGAGCCCCAGGAUGAAGCUGCCAGACUGGUGUCUUCAGCUGCAGUGCCCCCUGCUGCUGAGACCAAGGCAGAUUAG